CCCACUGCCAGUUCGCCCGCAACCCAGACCAAACAAACACUCCCCAUCGCCGUCUCCGUCGCCCCGCCCGCCGCGAUUUCCGCUCCCGCCUCCCCGCGCCGCCGCAGCAGCACCAGCAUCAGCCCGCCCCUCUCCCGCCUCCGUCCGCUCGCGUGCCAGAUUGGCCAACUACAGAUCAUUUAGCCCCUUGUGCCUAUGCCUUAUGUCAACUACAAGGGAUGUUGUGUAGUCCUGAGGAGAUUGAGUAGCUUUGGAUCUUAAAUUCGCACCAGAACAACAUAGUUAUGGACCGUGCAGACACCUCAGGGUUUGUCAGUGGUGGUUGCUUUGGUACUACGCUCCUGCUGAUAUUCUUCCAUUUUGUCUAUUCGACUAUCAGUGUCUGAAAGAUAACCUGGCCCCUGUUCUUCAGUUCUCUAGUGAUCCUGUUAUUAUUUGCUCACACAGUUCUCAUAGUAUUAAGCCGUGAUGGAUAACAGCUUUGUGGAUAUCCCAAACCAGCCUGUGAUGAAUGAUCCCUUUUUGUUAAUGACACAAUCUGCUCCAAGUUACACAAUGAAGAACCUGAGCAAAAGCACACUCCGCGUGGACUGUCUUGGCUCAGCAAUGCCAAAUUGCGGUCAUGGUGAUGAAAAUAAUCAAAGCAUGAAUAACAUCACAACUAGGGAUGAUGGCUGCAGGCUUGUUCUCGGGUUGGGUCCUACACCUGAUUUUUACUCAACAGACUAUCAGAACACUGGAGUAUACAGGUCAAAAGAAUCUCAGAGUUUGUCUGGGCAGAGUUUCUCUUUCACCGAUCCAGGGAUGCUGAGGCUUGGCCUGCAGACAGAUGGUGCAGAGACAAUUCAGCAUCUGCAAGCAUCAAAUGGAAGAGUCCAUUCUUUUUCUUUAGUUGACGAGGCUUCAACAUCUGCUGCUGUAAGGAGCAUGGGUGGCUACAUGCCAUCUCUACUCUUUGCUCCUCGCACCAGUUCUUGUGCUGCCAAUGGGGUCCAACUACAAAACCAGGAUUCACUAGACCUUACACAGUAUAAUAGUGAUAACACUCAGGCUAUUCAGCAACAUCAUCAGCUCAGCCCUGAGCCUUCUGCUACAACGGAGACUUCAUUUGGUGUGAGCUCUGAUGUGGUCACUGGAGCAACUACAUCAGAACAACGGAGUCAUCCCCGGCAUCCUAAGAAGUGCAGGUUCAAGGGGUGCUCCAAAGGUGCAAGAGGCUCAUCCGGGCUGUGUAUUGCCCAUGGAGGCGGGCAAAGAUGCCAUAAGCCUGGGUGCCAUAAAGGAGCUGAGAGCAGCACUGCAUAUUGUAAGGCCCAUGGCGGAGGACGGAGGUGUGAGGAGCUUGGUUGCACCAAGAGUGCCGAGGGAAAGACAGAUUACUGCAUUGCUCAUGGCGGAGGUCGCCGUUGUGAAUACCCUGAUUGUCCUAAGGCUGCACGGGGUAAGUCUGGACUGUGCAUAAAGCACGGUGGUGGGAAGAGAUGCGCAAUGGAAGGGUGCAUUCGGAGUGCUGAGGGUAAGGCUGGACUUUGCAUUUCUCAUGGUGGUGGACGUCGGUGUCAGUAUCCAGAUUGUGGCAAGGGGGCUCAGGGCAGCACAUUGUACUGCAAGGCGCAUGGCGGGGGCAAGAGGUGCAUCUUCGAUGGGUGCAGCAGAGGUGCGGAGGGGAGCACACCUUUGUGCAAGGCCCAUGGUGGUGGAAAACGAUGCUUGUACGAAGGAGGCGGUGUCUGCCCAAAGAGUGUACAUGGGGGAACUGAAUUCUGUGUGGCACAUGGAGGUGGAAAGCGCUGUGCGGCGCCUGGUUGCACUAAGAGCGCCCGCGGCCGUACAGACAGUUGCGUGAAGCAUGGUGGUGGUAAGAGGUGCAGGAUAGAUAACUGUGGUAAGAGUGCUCAAGGGAGCACUGACUUCUGCAAAGCCCAUGGUGGAGGCAAGCGGUGCACAUGGGGAUCAGGUUGUGAGAAAUUCGCGCGGGGCAAGAGCGGACUGUGUGCUGCGCAUGGGACCUUGGUGGCCAGGCAACAAGAAAGUGGAGUGGUGAAGAACAGAGGAAGCAUGAUCGGAGCAGGCCUCUUCAGUGGCAUUGUGGCAUCAUCAGCCACUGCUGCAAGUAGCAUGACGAAUGACUACUCAUCAUCAGGCAUAAGCACCGCAUCAGAUAGUGACGGCACAGUAAGGAGCCAGGCGAUGAUACCUCCGCAGCUGCUUGUUCCUCGUUCCAUGAUGCCCUCCUCGUCGUCUGAGCCUACUGUACGUGGGGGUAGAGAAGGGAGCUGUGCUGUUCCUGAGGGAAGGGUGCACGGCGGUGGCCUGCUGUCACUCCUCGGUGGCAGCUUCAGGAACGCCAAUAUAGAUAAGCUGUGAAGUGUUUUUCCAUCUUCAAAUGUCUGUCAGUUUGGUUGUACAUAAAAGGCACCGUGUUGCCUAUUGGAUUUUAUUGUUCUUCUCCCAGCUUGAUAAGUGUUUCAUGAAUGUUUAGUCAGUCCAUUGUACAUUGGUGUCCGGCAAUUGUUCUUAUCGCUUUUGGGAUGCCGGUUCAUGCCAAUAAACUUAUGUAUUUGAUGUAUUGUGUCUCAUUUACUUGUGGACUAUUAUUCUUCAGAAAUUUGGCGUGAGAUUGCCAGACAGGGCUUUGUACAA